UAUCCUGGACUUCCUGGAUCUUCUUCCUCCUGCCCCACCCUCCUUUCUGGUGACACUGAGAGUAUAAAAUGGGCCUGGGUUCUGCCCGUGCAUCACAUAAAGUUCAACAUGAAGACAGGCACCAUCUUUGUUCUGGUGGCUUUCAUCGUCAGGGGCCUGGAGGUGGCCUAUACUCAGAGACCUACUUUCGGAGCAAUCUGUGUGAAGGAGUGUUCAGAAGACAGGGACUGUGAAAGAGGAAAAGAAUGCGUGGAGAUUGGCUGUGCACGUAUCUGCGCCCCACAGGCUAAAAGAGGCUACUGUGAGAUCCGGUGCUGGAAAAACUGGAACUGCGGAGCCAGGAAAUGGUGCGUGCAGAAGGGCUGUAGGAAAGUCUGUUCCAGCUUCGCCAAAGGAGAAAUCUGUAUGGAGCACUGCCAAAGAGACGGGGACUGUGGAGCUGGAGAACAAUGUAUCCAGAAGGGAUGUAGUCGAGUCUGCUCUUCAGUCCGGGACCCAGGAGGUUUCUGUGUGGAGGAAUGCCAAGGACCCUGGGACUGCGCUAUAGGGAGCUGGUGUGUCAACAACGGAUGUGGCCAUGUCUGCAUACCCUUAGGAAACCCAGAUGAACGGAGAGCUGGAACUUGUCCACAGCGGACACCAGAAUCGUCUGGAAUUUGUGUUGAAAUGUGCACAGGGGAUGAAUCCUGUCCCCUGGGACAAAAAUGCUGCAGCAAUGGUUGUGGACACGUUUGUCAAACCGCUGUUUGAACCGAGGAGGACUUCAUUAUCCGUUCGGAUGAUAAUUGAACCUUGGCCUCCUUCAGUAACUGUUCCCAAACGUCAUCUUUAUUCUAAGAGCUAACUUGGUUUAAGUGUUGAAUUGUGGCAAUUGUUUGAGGAAUCAUGGGGUGACUGUUUUCAAAAUUAUCUUUCUUCUUAAUAAAAUGAUUUCUGUAACAUUA